AUGAAAGACGCGACCAGUCUAAAGGCGCUCUUUUUAAGCUACAACUGGUUUGAAGGAUCCAUUCCCUCCACCAUUGUCUCUCUGCCUCAACUCACCACGCUAGGCCUUUUCUCCAACUACCUCACGGGCACCAUGCCCAUCCCCUCCACCUCCCUGCUCGCUCUGGACGUGGGCUUUAACUAUCUCUCUGGAACCUUCCCCAAGCUCUCCCUCGCGGUCUGUGCGGCCGACCAGAACUGCUUCCUCAACUCCUCCUUCUGCCGCACCUACGGCUCGCUGCAGCGCACCGCCACUGCCUGCAGCAUCUGCGGCACGACCAACGGGCAGGGAACGCUUGUCCGUGAUGCUAUCCAUCAAGUCAUCCCUAGGAAAUCUGCUGCUAGUUGCUCCAUCUGUGGCACUACCAACGCCGUCGGUCCCAUGUGCUGGGGUGCUGGUGGGGAGUGCGUGGCUGCUGCUGCUUCUUACAUAGCAGCUGGCACAUUGAACACAGUGGCAAACGCUGCGGCCCCACCCAUGCUCUGUUCGGUACUGCUGACGCUCAAGGCAGCGCUGGGUGUGAAUUUAUUGACGUGGGCAGCAAGUACGCCGUGCCAAGUGGCUGGAAAGCAGGUUCCUGCAGGGCCGCAAUCGUGGUCCGGUGUGCUCUGUGGGGAUACUGGGGACGUGGUUUCAAUUUCGUUGGCGAGUCAGAGGUUAUCGGGGUCUAUUCCUACGGACAUCUCCAAGCUCACCACGCUCACUUACCUGGAUUUCGGCUACAACCUUUUUCAGUCUACUCUCGUCGGGCUUGCCACACCCGUCAGUGGCAUGACCUCUUUAAAGGCGCUAGGCCUCUCCUCCAACUACCUCACGGGCACCAUACCUCCCCUCCCUACCUCUCUAGUCUCUUUGGACGUGGCCUUUAACUUCCUAUCAGGCUCCUUCCCCAAGAUCUAUCUCGCUUUCUGUGCGGCUGACCAGAACUGCUUCCUCAACUCCUCCAACUGCCGCGCCUUAAGCUCGCUGCAGCGCCCCGCCACUGCCUGCGCCAUUUGCGGCACGAACGACGGGCAGGGAACGCUGUGCGGUAGUGGACUUUGUGCCCCCAACAGCGGUCCCUAUGCCAGCAUUGGGACUGUCAACGUCGCCUCGCUGCCGCCGGUGUCCAUGGCUUGCCAGGGGUAUGCUCCUCUCGUCCUCAUGAAUGCUGCGUCAGCACUGCUGGCGCUCAAGGUUUCGCUGGGCGUGACAUUCACGACGUGGGCAGCAACUGUGCCGUGCCAAAUAGUUGGCAAGCAGGCUGCCACACAGACCACGUGGUCCGGCGUGCUCUGCACUGAUACCGGGGACGUUCUUUCAAUCUCGGUGGCACGCCAGAGCCUCUACUCCAACUACCUCACAGGCACCAUGCCCACCCUCACAACCUCACUGGUCGCUCUGGACGUGGGAUUUAACUACCUUUCGGGCUCCUUCCCAAAGCUCUCCCUCGCGUCCUGUGCGGCCGACCAGAACUGCUUCGUCAGCUCCUCCUACUGCCGCACCUACAGCUUGCAGCAGCGCCCCGCCACUGCCUGCGGCAUCUGCGGCACGACUGACGGGCAGGGGACGCUGUGCGGUGGUGCACUUUGCUCUGCCAACAGCUCUCUGCCAGUCAGCCAGGGGAUUGUUAACGUCCCCACACUGACACCGGUGGCAUUGACUUGUUCAGCACUGCUGGCGCUCAAGGUAUCGCUGGGCGUGACAUUCACGACGUGGGCAGCAAGUGUGCCGUGCCAAGUGGUUGGCAAGCAGGCUGCUACACAGACCACGUGGUCCGGCGUGCUCUGUACUGAUACCGGGGACGUGCUUUCAAUCUCGGUGGCACGCCAGAGUCUAAAGGGGUCUAUUGCUUCGGACAUCUCCAAGCUCACCGCACUCACUUACCUAGGCCUCUACUCCAACUACCUCACAGGCACCAUGCCCACCCUCACAACCUCACUGGUCGCUCUGGACGUGGGAUUUAACUACCUUUCGGGCUCCUUCCCAAAGCUCUCCCUCGCGUCCUGUGCGGCCGACCAGAACUGCUUCGUCAGCUCCUCCUACUGCCGCACCUACAGCUCGCAGCAGCGCCCCGCCACUGCCUGCGGCAUCUGCGGCACGACUGACGGGCAGGGGACGCUGUGCGGUGGUGCACUUUGCUCUGCCAACAGCUCUUUGCCAGUCAGCCAGGGGAUUGUUAACGUCCCCACACUGACACCGGUGGCAUUGACUUGUUCAGGGAAUGCUCCUCUCGUCCUCAUGACCGCUGACUCAGGUGGGCCUAAUGGCAUCACUGAUGCCCCUCCCUCUCAAUUCCUGCACUCAUUUAUUCCGUGCACUCACCAAUCAAAUCCCCUCCUACACCCGCGCAUACAAUUCCUCUCCCACACCUCCCCUUUCAACCUCUCCCCAGAUCAUGCUUAA